GGGUACGGUGGGCGCUCGGACCGUAAACAAGCAAAACAGACAGCAAGAGAACUACCAGCCUCCUCGACUUUUCCAAUCUCCAAUCUUUCUGCCUGCACACACACUCGCUGGCUUCGGCUCUACCAUCUGUCUCGCCCGUUUCAACGCCGUGAUAGCAGUUUUCCCAUCAAAACAGCAGCAGCAGCUACAACAAUAACAAAGAAUCCUGGACUGGCCUCGAUUAACGCCUCCCUCACGACCGCCACUCCCGCCUCAAGGGCCUCCCGAUGGACGGCCCGCCGCCUCCUCCCCCUCCCCAUGGCACCAAUCCCAGAUCCACCGCCGGCGGCACCGGGGGCCUGCCCCCAGGAAACUACGACAUCUUCAUCAUACCGCCGCACUCGUCCGGCGGAGGUUUCUUAUACCUGCCCUCUCUGCAGGUCCAGCGGAAUAGCUUCCUAGCCGGGGUGGCCAGCACGCUUGCCGGUAUCGCUGUGUGGAAGAUGAUGGAGCCGACGGUGAAGCAGUGGUUUGUGCUCGUGAGUGCGAGUGUGAGUAGUGGCGGGAAUGGGGUUGUAUUGUUGGUUGCGGUCGUGGGGAUUGCGGGGUGGGCGUAUGGGAAGACGCAGGGAGGGGGAGGCUUUGGUGGAGGAGGUGGUGCUGGUGGGGGACCUGGGAAACCGCCUCCUGGUGGUGCGGGAGGGAGUGCGUCGGGCGCUGGAUACCAGAGUGCGCCGCCGCCGCCUAAUGGCGCAUUUCCCGGUGCUGGGGCGCCGCCGCCGCAAGGGACUCCCGGAGGUGGAUGGCAUGGAGGACACCAGCGGGGUGGGCCUGCUGGAGGAUUUGGGUCGUCGUGGUCCGGGGCGGGACCGGCACCGGACUGGGAGGAUCCUGUUGAGGAAGCUCGCCGGAAGGAAGAGCAAAGGAAGAAGGAAGAGGAGGAGAAGAAGCAGGAGGAAGAGCGGAAACGAGAAGAGGAGAAGAAACGGGAAGAGGAGAGAAAACGAGAAGAGGAAAGGAAACGGGCAGAAGAGGAGCGGAGGCGGGAGGAAGAGCGGCGAAGAGCGGAAGAAGCGAGACUAGCAGAGGAAGCUCGGAAACGUGCCGAAGAGGAGCGGAAACAAAAAGAAGAGGCGGAGCGGCUAGCUAGGGUCAAAGCGGAGAAGGAGAAGUGGGAGAAGAUGCGGGCGAGGGAGCGGGAGCAGCGAGAGCGUGAGGCCAGGCAGCGCAUUGCUCGGGAGAAGGCCCAGAAGGAGAAGGAGGCAAAGGAACGGGAGCAGCGGGAGCGAGAAGCUCGAGAGGCGGAGGCCAGGGCAAAGAUCGAGAAGGAGAUCCGUGAGAAGCUGGAAGCGGAGCAGCGAGCUAAGGCGGAAGAGGAGGCAAAGAAGAGGGCGGAAGAGGAGAAAGCUGCUGCUGAAGCUGCUGCUGCGAAAGCGAAGGCAGAGGCAGAACGCAAUGAGCGGUUGAAAGCAGCCCGCGAACGAGCAGCUCGAGAACGCGAAGCCCGUGCCAAAGCCGCAGAAGCGGAGAAGGUUGCUUCGAGUCCCAUCAGCACCGAGCCCUUGACCGCACGCCGCUCGACUGUAUACGGGGGUGUCGGCGGCGGUGAACGAACUGAUCCCUAUGCAGGUGUUCAGAGCCCUCCCGCCCCCUCCGUUACCUCUGCCCGCUCCACUCCCAUCAAAGCCACCGUCACCCCCAAGAAGAACUACGAGCGUCCUUCAGCACAAUCCUACGUCGGCACCGAAACCGAACACUCCUUCCGACCUUACGACACCCCGAAGCCGCCACCGCCUCCACGUCCACCCUCCCACCACUCCUCCGCCUACUCUGAAACAUCUUACACCGGCUCGCAAAGCACAGCACGUACGACACCUCCACCCUCGCACACUGGCCCCUUCCACACCGACGACCCCAACAAGAUUCAAAUCAAAGGCGUAUUUCUCUUCAAUGACAUGUUUCCCAAACCGGUGGCGCAGCUGGUUGCCGGUAUUGGCAAAGUGACGGACGGACUGGUAUUGAAGAUCGAGAGCGAGGGACUCUUCAUUGACGAUGAGGUGCGGAAGGAGGGCCAGAGGGAAUGGGAUGUCAAGGCUUGGACGCUGAAGAUGGUCGAGACAGGCGAGAAGGCGAACCUGCACCUCCUACGCGCCUCCAUCCGCGACCGCGACGGCAAGAAGUACGUCUUUGUGAUUCCGCAAUCCGAAUCCUGGAAGUUGGCAAAGGGGUUGCAGCGGCUGAGGAAGGGGUCGCAGGUCAGGAGUAUGGGGAAUGGGGUCAUCUCUCCCCAGGAGAUGGGCAGGUUGUUUCAGUACAUGCCGGGAUUUGUUGUGCAGUAGAUGGGGGAGAGAGGAGAUGAAGAGAGGGAGGGUUGUUGAGGAUGGAUGGUGUGGAAUGCACAUGCUGGAAUGUAGUCCGGACACAACAU